CUUCACCGAUAUCAAACGCCCUCAUCAAAACCCUGGAGACUGUUCCAAAAGACGCAUAGAGAUAAGUAAAGACCAGAAUCAUAUUUUGCCGUGAAUCAUCAACCUAUAAGAACAUGGAGAUUUCAGAAGAGACCAGCAUAAUUAGUCAACUCAAUGAUAGAAUUGAGACGGCACGCCAGGCCGUCGACGCUACUUCUCGAAACCAUUCUGAACUGGCUUUGCGUUUAAGCGACCUUGGAAUUCAACUCGGUGAAAGAUUCGACAAAGAGGGGGCUAUAGGCGACCUUGAAGCGGCUAUAAAUGCAAUACGACAAGCCGUCGAGGCUACUCCUCAAAACCAUCUCAAUCGUGCUGCAUUAUUAAAUAGCCUGGGAAUCUUUCUUGUAUUGAGAUAUAACACGAUAGGAUUUGUAGCUGACCUCGAAACGGCUAUUGAAACAGCACGCCAGGCUGUCAGUAUUACUCCUCAAAAUCAUCCUAAUCGGGCUAUUUACUUGGGCAAUCUCGGAAAUCACCUUGGGGACAGAUUCAACAGGACAGGAGCUAUAGUUGACAUUGAAGAGGUUAUUGAAAUAGCACGCCAAGCUGUCAAUGCUACUCCUCAAGACCAUCCUAAUUGGGCUAUUCACAUGACCAACCUUGGAAAUCACCUUGGGGAUAAAUUCAAUAGGACAGGAGCUAUAGCCGACCUUGAAGCGGCUAUAGAUGCAACACGACAAGCCAUCGAUACUAUUCCUCAAGACCAUCCCGACACAGCUGAUUUCUUGAAUAACCAUGGAGAAUCACUCAGGAACAGGUUCGACAUGACGGGGGAUGUGGCUGAUCUAGAAGAAGCCAUAAAUUUAACACGCCAAGCUGUCAUAACUACUCCUCAAGGUCAUCGUAACCGGGCCGUAUAUUUAAGCAACUUUGGGAUUGCACUCGGAGUCAGAUUCGACAGGACGGGAGCUAUAGCCGAUCUCGAAGCGGCUAUUAGCGCAGAACGCCAAGCCGUUAAUGUAACUCCGAAAGAUCAUACAGACUAUGCUAGAUAUCUGAACAACCUUGGAGAAGUACUCAGGAAAAGAUUCAGCAGAACCGGGGCUAUGGCCGAUCUUGAAGAAGCCAUAAAUACAACAUGCCGAGCUGUCAGCGCUUCUCGAGACCAUCUUGACCGGGCUCUAUAUCUUUGCAACCUUGGGAUUCAAUUUGGGAAUAGAUUUAGCAGGACAAGAGCUAUGAUCGACCUUGAAGAGGCUAUAAAAAUAACGCGCCUGGCCGUCGAUGCUACUCCUCAAGACCAUCCUAACUGGGCCUUUUACUUAGGUAACCUUGGAAACUACCUUGGGGAUAAAUUUGGCAAGACAGGGGCUAUAGCCAACCUUGAAGAGGCUAUAAAAGCAACAUGUCUGGCCAUAGAUACUAUUCCCCAAGACCAUCCCGCUUAUACUUUUGAGUUAAGCAACCUUGGAAAUCGACUUAUGGCCAAAUUUAAGAGAACUGAAGCUCCAGCCGAUCUUAUGGAGGCUAUAGAGACAGCACGCCAGGCUGUCGAUGCCGCUCCUCAAGACCAUCCUAAUCUGGCUAUUUACUUGAACAAUCUUGGGAGUCACCUUAGGGACAAAUUCGAUAGGACACAAGAUACGGCCGAUUUGGAAGCGUCUUACCGUCACUUUGUUAACGCUCUUUCUCAACAUACUGCUCCUAUUUCGCAACGCGUUAUUGCUGGCCGUAGACUGCUUUCAUCCGACUGGGCCUUUCAAGAUACGCCAGAUAUCGAAGGAUAUGCCAGAACGGCACUCGAACUUCUUCCUCAACUAACGCCUCACUCUCUCCAAAACGCCGACAAACAGCACCUUCUUCUUCAAGCUGCCGGACUCGCAUCAGACGCGGCUGCCAUUGCACUGCUAAUGCAACAAGCUCCAGCGACGGUAGUUCAAUGGCUCGAGAUGGGCCGCGGCGUCCUUGUUAGUGGCCUUCAAGAUCUACGUACAGACAUGUCUAUUUUAAGCCAAAAGUACCCUAGAUUAUCUGACUCUUUCAAUAAUUGGCGGGCCAUUCUGGACGCUCCAGCCGAAGCAGACGCUCCAGUCGAAGCAAAAGGCGCAAUCUUUCAAAAAGCAUAUAAAUUACGCAUGCAAUCAGAAACGGACAAACGUCGACAUGCCUAUGAGCAGCUCCAGAGAACUAUACAUGAGAUCAGGAAACAGCCCGGAUUCGAUCGCUUUCUCCUCUCCCCAGCCAAAAAUGAGCUACUACAAGCUGCAGAGAACGGUCCUGUGAUUAUUAUAAACAUUAGUCGGCACCGCUCUGAUGCUUUGAUCGUCUUAAAAACAACGAUCCAAUGUCUUGAGCUACCGAAUAUGAGAUAUCAAGAUAUCAAGAAGUAUCGCCAAGCUCUCUCGUUGCCGUCAUCUGCCAUGUUAGAGUGGCUUUGGGACUGCGUAGUCGAUCCUAUCCUUAACCAUCUAAGCUUCUCACAAACCAUAUCCGAAGAACCAUGGCCGCGGGUAUGGUGGAUCCCUAUCGGACCACUUGUCGGAUUUCCCUUGCACGCCGCCGGAUAUCACUUGGAGAAUCAAGGUCGAACCACUAUAGAUCGGGUUGUUUCUUCUUAUGCGACAUCGCUACGUUCAAUGAUACAUACGCGUCUACAGCCAUGGUUGAAGCAGGCAAUGAGCAAUCUUGUUGUUGUUGCGAUGGAAUACACUAGAAACAAAAGCCAACUGAAAUAUGCCAGCAAAGAAAUCGAAGCAAUCAAGACAAUAGGCGAAUUGGUAAAGAUAAAACCGAUCUUCCCCGAGAAAAGAAAAAGUGCAGUUCAGUUGGCCUUAGAAGACUGCGAAAUCUUCCACUUUGCUGGUCACGGUAGUACACAUCCAGUACAGCCGCUACAGAGUCAGCUGCUGCUCGAUGAUUGGGAAGAUGAUCCUUUCACGGUGGGAAGCCUCUUGCAAAUCAAUCUGUCUCGUCGUAUGCCGUUUCUUGCAUACCUUUCGGCCUGUGGAACGAGCCAAAUCCUCGACGAACAAUCAGCCGAUGAGAGCAUCCACCUAAGUAGCGCAUGCCAGCUGGCCGGCUUUCGACACGUGAUAGGCACACUAUGGAGUGUGGAUGAUGAAUUGUGUGUUAAGAUGGCAACACCGAUAUAUAACACCCUAGCGAAAGAAGGUCUAUGCGAUGAGUCUGUCAGUUACGGGCUGCACCUGGCGAGUCGGCAACUACGGGACGAGUGGGUGCAGAGCAUGAUAUGGGAGAAGGGAAACGGUAGAAAUGAAGCGAGUAAUGGACAGGAUUCAUCCAGAGAUAUAGAGUUCACGAUGGAGCCGGAGUUCAACAGGCUGCUAUGGGUUCCUUAUGUUCACUACGGGGUUUAAGAUGUUACCUUGGCUCAGGAUAGCAUGCUGCAUUUACGCCUGGGUAAUUGCGAACUUGAUACCUUCUUUGCCGCACAUCCAGCUGGACCCAAAGAAACAUGGUGAUAAUGUUCUCGACAAAGAUAUUUUGGCAUUGCACAGCCCUGGCUAUGCAAGUGAGCUAAGGUAGAAAUAUAUAGAUUGAUAAAUUAGCAGACUCUUCGAUAGCAAAG